UUAGAGUGACAGGUGUUUUGCGCGUUCGUCACUUUGUGUGUGAUUUUGAUCGGCGACUUGACAUUGACAGAAUGUGAUGUAGAAUUUUUGUGAAUGUUCAUUUAGUAUUCCUCAACUUUAGUAACUGUUAUUCAUUUGUGACAGUAGGAAGGUAAAAAAUUAACACAGAUCAGGAUUGGUUUCAACAGACUGAAGUAUAGGUGUCCAUUAUGGGUGCAGAAGACCAGUAUGACUUUAUAUGGAAAGUGGUUCUGGUGGGGGAUUCUGGUGUAGGGAAAACAAACCUCCUGUCCCGAUUUACGAGGAAUGAGUUCAAUGCAGAGAGCAAGACCACCAUUGGAGUCGAGUUUGCCACAAGAAAUGUUCAGAUCCGAGGUAAGACCGUGCGGGCUCAGAUCUGGGAUACGGCAGGACAGGAAAGAUACAGGGCGAUAACUAGUGUAUACUACAGAGGUGCUGUAGGGGCACUUGUCCUUUAUGACAUCACAAAGCCCCAGACGUUUGAAAACCUAGAUAAAUGGAUCAGCGAGCUAAAGGAGCAUGCCGAUCCCUCUGUGUGUAUAAUGAUAGUAGGAAAUAAAACGGACCUGAAGUCCCAGAGGAUCGUAUCAACGGAGGAGGGCCGAACACUAGCAGAAAAAUACCACUAUUCUUUCAUAGAAACCUCAGCUUUAGAUGCCUCCAAUGUUGGGGAGGCCUUUAACAAUCUAUUAGUUGACAUAUUCAAGAUACAGACAGAAUCCGAGAAAUCGGACUCUUCAUCACGGAUAGUACCCCAGGAAAACAAGGGGGGACAGGAACAGGGAAGUCGCUGUGCGUGUUAGGAUAAGUUUGGAUUCUUGUGGUGCUAACUGAACAACAGACAGACAAACAAACCAAAGGCUGGGUCCAAAGUCAACAAUAAUAACAGAUAAACAGAUGGACCAUAUGAUGGGACCAGAUCGAUGUCAAUUACCAUAUAAGUAGAAAUUUUUAGCAAGGAUUAAAUUUUGGCAUUAUUAGCGAGGUUGCUGAGAUCGCUAAAAUUUGAUAGCGCUGAAAAUAAAUUGUGUUAUAUUUGUAAUAGGUUCUUUAGUGAUCAUUUUAAAAUUGCUAUAAUUAAAUCUUGUUAAAAAUAUCAAUUUUUAAGGACAAAUCAUUUAAUUUGUAUCUCGCUAAAAUUUCCACUUAUACGGUAUAUAAAAUUGUGCAAAUUUUAUCAUAGCUUUGAUGCACAAUGGCAUGAAUUAACAUCAAGCUUAUUUUAUCUUCAGUUCUUCAUAUAUAAUAAUGCAUUGCUUGAUUUUAAUAAGCAUUGCUAUUUAAGUGUUGGUGAUGAGUUGACUUUUCUCUUUGAUUUGAAUGAGAUAUAUGUAUGUUGUUUUGGAUGGAUUUUACAAGUGAAUUGUCUUUUAAUAGUCUUUCACAGGUUUGUGAUUCAACAUUUACAAGAAAAAAUUCUCCUGAGCUUCCCAAUGUA